AUGGACGUAAUAAUUUCCGAACCUACACCCUCUAAAAUCCAAGUCCUUCCCCACAAUCAAUACCAAACUUCUGACUCACUCACUCCAUCGACGGUCUCUUCAUCUCCUUUAGAUCAGUUCCAUAUCUGGUUCAAGCAGGUAGUUGAGGACGGUAUAGUCCAUGAGCCCGAGGCCAUAUCUCUGUCUACCGCCACGACAUCCGGAAUUCCAUCAGCCCGGAUGGUGUUAUUCAAGCAACUAGAUGAACGUGGAUUCAUAUUUUACACCAACUACACGUCGCGGAAGUCACAGGAGUUGGAAUCGAAUCCGAAUGCGGCGAUGGUGUUUUACUGGCGCGAGGUUCAUAAAUCCGUGAGGGUCAUCGGGAAGGUAGAGAAAGUCAGUCGAGAGGAGAGCGAGAGAUAUUUUCGGACUAGACCCAAAGGCAGUCAAUUAGGUGCUUGGGCUAGUCGGCAGAGUCAGGUUGUUAAAGAGGGAGAGGUCAUGGAGAGGUUGAAGAAGCUUGAGAAACGAUUUGCACCUGAUGCUGCAUCCGGAGAGGAAGGAUCGAAUAUUCCGAUGCCAGAAUUUUGGGGUGGGUGGAGGAUAAUUCCUACCGAAGUAGAGUUCUGGUGUGGAAAACCAUCUCGACUACACGAUCGAGUUUGUUAUCGCCUCGAAGAAGGAUCCACCGCAGAAACGCCAAAGUGGAAAAUCGAAUGCUUGGCACCAUGA